CGACCGAACAAACUUACUUAUAAUUCUCUCUCCUCUGUCUUUCAUAGUACUAUGGAAUUAUUUCAAAACGCAAAAGCAGUUCGUCUCCGUAGCAGCCAUGGUAAAUACCUACACGCAAACGAAGACGAUGAUUCAGUAACACAAGACAAAGACGGAUCAUCAAAAAGCUCACGUUGGACAGUCGAAUUCAUCCCAAAUUCAGACAACGCAAUCCGUUUAAAAAGCUUCUAUGGUAAAUACCUAACCGCAUCAAACAUGCCCUUCCUUUUAGGUAUGACCGGAAGAAAAGUCCUCCAUACCCUCCCUCCUCGUCUAGAUUCCUCAAUCGAAUGGGAACCCAUCAAAGACGGAAAUCAAGCCAAGCUCCGCACCCGAUACGGCCAGUUUCUAAGAGCCAACGGUGGUCUUCCUCCAUGGAGAAAUUCAGUCACCCAUGAUGUCCCUCAUCGUUCUUCUACUCAAGAUUGGAUCUUUUGGGAUGUUCAUGUCAUGGAAAUCUUAGUUGUUAAUUCUCCUAAAGUGGCGGCGCCGACACCGACACCGGCAGCGAAACGACAGGAGUCUGGUGUGGCGACGGCGGCGAAGGGUGGGGGAGAUGGGAGGACUAUUUAUUUUAAGGUGGCGGAUGAUUUGGGGAAUGUUGAAGAAGGGGGAGAGGAGAUGAAUAUUGUGUUUAGAGGAAAUGGAGUUGAUGAAUUGAGUAGGAGAUUGGAAGAGGAGACAGGAAUUGAAGAUAUUAUUGUGUGUUCUAAGAAUCCGUUGAACGGGAAAUUGUUUCCACUUAUGUUACAACUUCCUCCUAGAAGUGUCACUAUGCAUCUUGUUCUUGUUCCGGCUGAUUCUAAAGUUGGCCGAGAUUUCGAGAAAGCAGGAAUGGUUCUCUAAUUUAAAUUUUAUAUUUAUGUUCUCAUCUCAAAUUAAAUCUCAAUUUAAGACAUUUUUAUUAUGUGAGAUUUUAUUUUGUACUCUAUUUUAAACAUCUUG